AAUCAGAGGCGCCGCGGGGUCGCCCGUCACAGGGGAAGGGAAGCGGCUGUGUAUGCGCCUAAGCGGGCGGGUUUUUUUUUUUAAAGGGCUCGGGCUCGGGCUCGGCUUCUAGUUCUCUGAGCUCUGCUCUCCUCCGUUGCUCUCGGUGUCUGCCCACAGAGUAGAUACCAUGCGAGAGAAGGGACAAGCGUCCUGGAAGACUCGGACGCCGGGGUCGUGCCGAGUCCGCGGGCUCUGGGUUCCCCUGGUGAGUCUUCUGCUGCUGCCGCAGCUGAUAAAGUCGCUGGUGCCCGAUGACUUCGACCUGGUACAUCCAUUGGUGACUCUAGAGCAGCUCCUUUGGGUGAGUGGCAAACAAAUUGGGAGUGUAGAUACUUUCAGAAUACCGUUGAUCUCAGCCACUCCUCGAGGGACCCUUCUUGCCUUUGCAGAGGCCCGGAAGACAUCAUCCUCAGAUAAAGGCGCUAAAUUCAUUGCCAUGCGGAGGUCCACAGAUGGAGGUGCCACAUGGUCUCCCACAUCAUUUAUAGUGGAUGAUGGGGAUGUUGCUGAUGGACUGAACCUGGGGGCCAUAGUUGGGGAUGUUGAAACGGGCACAAUGUUCCUUUUUUAUUCUCUGUGUGCACAUUAUGAUGGGUGUUCUGUGGCUUCAACCAUGAUGGUGUGGAGCAAGGAUGAUGGCAUCACUUGGAGCCCACCCAGAAACCUCUCCUUGGAUAUUGGAACUGAAAUGUUUGCUCCAGGACCAGGCUCUGGCAUUCAGAAGCGGCAUGAGCCAUAUAAGGGUCGGCUCAUUGUCUGUGGCCAUGGAACUCUGGAACGUGAUGGGGUCUCCUGCCUUAUUAGUGAUGACAGAGGAGCAUCCUGGCGCUAUGGCGGUAGUAUCAGUGGGAUUCCUUUUGGGGAACUCAAGAAGCCAAAUGACUUCAGUCCUGAUGAGUGCCAGCCCUACGAACUCCCUGAUGGUACCAUCGUAAUUAAUACCCGAAAUCAGAAUAACUAUCACUGUCACUGCCGAAUCAUUCUCCGAAGCUAUGAUGCGUGUGAAACCCUUAAGCUCCAAGAUGUGACCUUUGACAAAGAGCUCAUCGACCCUGCUGUAGCUGCAGGUGCUGUGACCACCAGCUCUGGUCUGGUCUUCUUCUCGAAUCCAGCUCAUCCAGAAUAUCGGGUAAAUCUGACUAUACGCUGGAGUUUCAGCAAUGGUACUUCAUGGUGGAAAGACACGAUUCAGCUGUGGCCAGGUCCCAGUGGUUACUCAUCCUUGACAGUUCUGGAGGGAGCUCAGAUUUGGGGGGAUGGGACCCCCCAGAUCUACGUCCUAUAUGAAAAGGGUCGGAAUGAUUACUUCGAGAGUAUCUCUUUAGCCAAGAUCAGUGUCUAUGGCACCCUCUGAACCUUACCUCACAGCAAGGAUAAGAAGAUAUGAGAGGUGCCAGGAGCACUUCAGACUUUUCAUUUUAAGACUGAUAACCUAUCGCUGGAGAUUUUAAUGGAUCUUUCCCAAGAAGUCAUGACUUUUGGACUGUUCAUCUUUGAUACAUCCUUUAAGACUUUUUGUCUUAUCUCCUCUGACAAACACUAGGCCUCCUUUCCCUCUGAGCCUUUUCUUUCUUCCUUUUGAUGCCUUUGUUUAGGAGAUGGAGUCUACUUCUCUGUUUCUUCCUCUAGAGCCUAAUAAUCUCUCUCAGACUGCUCUUGCUCCUAACUACUCAUUCCCCAUCCCCACCUCCAUUCCUCUUCAUGAUGAGGGAUAAAUUUGCACAACCCUGAACUCAGGGACUUCUGAUUGAAAAGGGUGCUUGAACUGAGAGUAGAAAUACAGUGGAGAAUGAUAAGAAAUUUUGGAUGGGGAAAGGACAUCUUGGACUGUUUAUAAAUCAUUAAGUUAACUGUUAAAUUAGUAGUUUUAAUGAAGGAAAAUAAGAAUUUGCCAAUGCUUAUUUAUUAAAGCUGUGGUCUCAAUCUUUAUAUGUCUUUGGGUUUCCUAAAUACAACCACAAAACAGACAACCAUUCUUUGAUCAUUUCAUUGGGGUCUCUUGUCAAUUCACUGUCCUAAUUCAAGGGAAGAAUCUCUUCUGAGCUGAAGAAAGAAAGGAGCAUGACAUUGUUUCAGAAUUGAUAGUUUUUCUUUAAAUUAAGAUAAUUUUUAAAUGCUAUCUUAAUGUUUCUAAAAGAGGAAACUGGCUUUGUCUGUUUUCAUACAGGGUAUUGAUGAUUUGCAAUUCUUGGAGAACUGUUUGUUCUUAUCCUUUGAUCAAUAAUUUAGCCUUUGCCUAUCUAGCUUUUUGUUUUCUAUAUUUGUGUUUUCUCUUUAUCUUUGAUAUCAGAGAUAUUUAACGCAAAAAUUUUUCCCCUAAAGGCUUUCUUCUUAACCUAGUUAAUAUGAUUUUUCUUUGCAUGUUAAAGAUUUUUAAUUGCUUACAAUCACAAUUAUCUUUUGUGAUUGCUUUGUUUGGUAAAGAACUUUCCCUUAGCCAUAGCUGUGAAUGGUAUUUGCUCCCUUUCUCUUCUUAGAUUUGUUGUUGUUCUUCUUGUUUUUAAUGGUACGACCUUUACUAUUUGGGUUAUGUAUCCAUUUUGACGCUAUUGUGGCAUAUAUGAUGUAAAGAUGUUAAUCUAAGUCUAACUUCUGCCACCUAGUUUUCCAAUUUUCUUAGACUCUUUGUCAGAUCUUAAGUUCUUCCUCAAUGAAUUUAUUUUUUCAACAUUGAGGGUUUCUGAGUUCUAUUAUUUCUGAUUCUUCCUUAUCUGGUAUCUUUCACUCAUCUAUUUUUCUUUUUCUUUCUUUUUUUUUUUUAGCUGAAUACCAAAUAGUUUUGAUGAUUAUUGCAGAAGUUUUCACUGAAAUUUACUUAUCUGCAACUUCUACCUAUAGCUUCUUAACCCUUUGGGGUCAAACAGAAUAAAUCUAAUAGCUCAUCCACAUGACAGCUCUUCAGAGACUGGAAAAUAGCUACCAUAUCAGAAGGAGUUUCCCCAGUCCAUUCAACAGAUCUUUAUUUAAUAUCUAGUCCUCUUGACCAUCCUGAUCAUCUUCUUCUGAACAAACUCCAUUUUAUUAGUGCCUCCCCCCCAAAAAAAAGUAUCCCCUAAAUGGGACAUAAUAAUUCAGAUGUGGUCCCCAAGGCAGAGGAGUACAGUGAAACUACCAGUUUUCUCAAGCAAUCUAUCAUGUCCAUCUAAACUAUGAACAAAUUAUUGGGGGGGGGGGCUUAAUAGCAUUUAUAGAGCACUUUAAAGUUUGCAAAACAUUUUAUAUAUGUUUGUCAUUGGUUCCUCACAAGAACUCUGUUACUCUUAUCCCCUUUAUACAAAUGAGGAAACUGAGGCACAGAGAGGUUAAGUAGUUUGCCCCAUCACAACUGAGAAGUAUGAGGUAGGAUUCAAAUACAGGUCUUUCCAAUUCCAAUGAAUAGAAAUUUAUACUACUUGGUUGCUUUUUUAUUAGUCAUGACACAAUUUUGACAUAGUAAGCUCACAGUUCAUAAAAGCCAUCUAAUAUUUUUUCAGGAUUAGUUUGACCCAAGUGAAAGACUUUAUCCUUCUUAAAUUUAAUCUUAUUAGAUUUCAUCCUAUUGAGAUCAUUGUUUGGGAUCUCAAUUUUAUUGUUUAUCAUAUUAGCCAUUUCUCCUGGUUUUGUUUAAACCACAAAUAACCAAAGGCAUAUUUAAGUUGGCCUUUGCUCAAGUUGUUAAAACAAUCAGGUCAGUAGCAAAGUCUUAUGUCAUUUUACAAAAGAAUUGCUUCAAAACUGAUAUCUUGUCAUUCAACCAACUCAAAUCCAUAUGAAGCCACAUUUCUCCAUCUUGUCCAUGAAAAUAUAGGAAAAAAAUUCUUUUUUAAUUCUUUGCUGAAAUUCAGGUAUAGCUUGCAAAAGUAUAGUCAGGAAACCUGACUUUGAAUAGCUUUAAUGCUAGUGCCUUCCUUCUGUUGAUUAUCUCUAAUUUAUGCUAUAUACAUACAUAUAUGUAUUUGUAUGUAUAUAUACACAUGUAUGUAUAUUUGUCUUUGUUUCUUCAUAAAUGUUACUUGUUGUAACCCCUAUAAUACUAGGAGCCAAAAGAAAUUUUUGGCUUUCUUUGUCUUCCCAGUACUUGGCACUUUGUCUAGCACAUAGUAGGUGAAAGACCUAUGAGAGAAAAUGCUAUCCACCUCCAGAGGAAAAAAAAAAAACUGAUAAAUAGAAGUAUACAUAGUAAUGGCUUUAUAUAGAUUUACAAAUCUGUGUCAAGUGUAGUCUUUUCUAAUGUAGAGGAAGGAGGGAGGGAAGAAAACAGUAAAAAUUAUAUUUAAAGUUAUAGAGGUGAAAUCAACAGGUCUUGGUUAUUGCUACAGAUCAGAUAUAAGAAGUAAGAGAGAAUGAAGAAUCCAAAAUGAUUCUGAACCUGAAGAACUGGGAGGAUUAUAGAGAAAGUGGAGGAAGAUGACGUUCACAGGGAUAGAUGAGUUCUGUUUUGGACACGGUGAGUUUAAGAUAUCUACUGAACAUCCAGUUUAAGAUAUUUGAAAGGCAAUUGGAAAUAGGAGAUGAAGUCUGAGACAGGUUAAUGCUAGAGAAUCAUCAGCAUAUUAAUUAAAUCCAUAGAAGUUUGUGAGACAUAUAUUAUAUCUAGGAUAUAUGUAACCUAUUUAACAUGUAAAGCACUGCUUGCCAUCUGGGGGAGGGGAAAAAUCGGAACAGAAGUGAGUGCAAGGGAUAAUGCUGUAAAAAAUUACCCAGGCAUGGGUUCUGUCAAUAAAAAGUUAUUUAAAAAAAAAAAAAGGUUUGUGAGAUCACCAAGUAAAGCAGAGAAGAGGAAAAUCCCAAAUAGAAACCUCACUCAAGCAUUUGCUCACAAGCAAAUAAACCAACAUAAAGGUUCAUAAAGACAAUCAAGAAUAAGUAAAGAUUCAAAGAGAAGUCAAAAUACUAUAAAUAAGUAUUAUGCCAAGGAUGAAAAUGAACCAGGAUUCCUUGAUCAAAAAGAGAAUUUUGCCCAUAAAAAACAUUAACGAGCAACUACAAAAUGGUAAGAAUUAAAUCUGAUAAUAUCUCUAAACACAGAAUAGGGGGAAAAAGUCAAAUACAAAACCUAAAUGACAUGAUGGACACAUUCUCCAAGAAAUAGAGACUUUGAAAGAGAAAAGAACAAAUGUGAAAUUUUUAUUCAGAAGUGGAAGAAAAUUUGCCAGGAGAAAAGAAAAAGGCAGUAACAUUAAAAGAACAGAUUACAAGAGCUAUUCCUGAGUUAUGGGACCCUGUUGAGAGGGAGUAUCAAGGCCACCUCGACCUUUGGUGCACAAUAAGUUAUCUGCCAUGUUGCAGAAACGCCUUUGUAGAGCAAGGAGCAAUAAUUUGUGAUCAUGGGAACAGGUGUCCAAGGGUCACAGUUAGUUGCUCAUGAUCAGAGAUGCCUUGACAGGGCCUCUUGCCUGUGAGCAAGCUGCUAAAUUGCUGGAUUGGCUCUCCUCCCAUUGGCAGAUACCUGAAGCAUACAUACACGAAGCCCAUGAGUUGCUUCUCUGAAUGGUGAUUGGGGAUUGUCUACUGUUCACACAUUUAUCACCCUUGCAAAAAUGUAUAUCAACAAGGCUGUAUGGCAUAAUAAACUGGAGUUCUUUUCACACUC